AUGCGCGCGCGCGUGGACACCGCGCCGGCGUGGACGCGCGCGCGUGGACGUCGGCGCGUCGGCGCGCGCGUCGCGGGCGGCGUGGCGCGGGAUGGACCGAGCGCGCGGACGAUUGAGAUCAUGGAAUCCAUCGCGAGCGCGCGCGAUGACGACGACGCGUCCGCGGCGCGCGGCGCGGGCGGGACGACGACGCUGGAGGGGUUGAUGCGGUUGGACGCGGCGUGGACGUCGAUGCGGCGCGGCGCGGGACGGGGCGACGGCGAGGCGUUCGCGCGGCGACGGAGACGGCGGGCGGCGACGGAGACGGCGAGCGACGCGUUCGACGUCGCGGUGUGCGGUGGCACGCUCGGGAUUUUGGUCGCGUGCGCGCUGCAGAGACGGGGGGGGCGGGUGUGCGUGAUCGAGCGAGGGGAGUUGCGUGGAAGAGAACAGGAGUGGAACGUGAGCCGGGCGGAGCUGGAGGCGUUGGUGCGCGCGGGCGCGUUGACGGCGGAGGACGCGGACGAGGUGACGAUGAUUGAGUUUAAUCCGAUUCGGUGUGGGUUCCAUGGGAGUGAGAAGGAAGAUAUCGUGACGCGCGACGUCUUGAAUUGCGGCGUGAGUCCGGCGAGACUGGUGGCGAAGUGUCGGGAGCGCUUCGAGGAGGCGGGCGGGCGGGUCAUGGAGCGCGCGUCCUUGAACGGCGUGGACGUGUACGACGACUGCGCCGUGCUCGACGUCGACGGCAACGCCGUGCACGCGCGAUUGGUGCUCGAUUGCAUGGGAUUUAACUCACCAAUCGUGCGACAGAUUCGCGGCGGGGCGAAACCGGACGGCGUGUGCGUCGUCGUCGGAACCUGCGCCGAGGGGUUCGACGCGUCGAAGAACGAGUCCGCCGAUCUCAUACGAACCGUGACGGACAUCGAGACAGAUUACCGUGGACAAUACUUUUGGGAGGCGUUCCCAGCGUCGUCGGGCCCGGGGGAUCGAACGACGUACAUGUUUACGUACAUGGAUGCCGAAGAAGCGCGACCGUCCAUCGCGUCCAUGCUCGACGAUUACUGGGAAUACAUGCCCGCGUACCAAGGCCUGUCGUCCAUGGAUGACGUCAAGGUGAAGCGAGUGUUGUUCGGACUGUUUCCGACGUUUCGAAACUCACCUCUGAAGACGGAGAUCGACCGCGUGCUCGCGAUAGGCGACGCGAGCGGCAUUCAAAGUCCCCUCAGUUUCGGCGGCUUGGCAGCUAUUCUGCGUCACGUCAAUCGCAUUACCGGCGCCGUGGAAGAGGCUUUGGACGCUAACGCGCUCGAUCGAGACGCUCUACGGUCGAUCAACGCGUAUCAGCCCGCGCUGAGCGCUGCGUGGUUGUUCCAGCGCUGCAUGUCGGUGCGGAUAGGCGCCAAGCCAAAGCGCGAUUUCAUCAAUCGUCUGAUGACGACAAACUUUGGCGUGAUGGAAGCGUUGGGCGAAGACGUGAUGCGACCGUUCCUACAGGACGUCGUCACGUUCAAGGGCCUCGGCAAAACGCUCGUGUCAAUGACGGCUUCAAAGCCGCUCUUCGUGCCCGAAAUCCUCAUCAACGCCGGUCCUGGACCUAUCGCGGACUGGUUUCGUCACUUCAUCGCGCUCGGAAUGUACGAUCUCUUGUCAUCACCCGCCGGCGCCGUGGCGCACGCCCUCAGACCCGCGGGGCAGGACGAAUCCAACGCCAAUCCGCUCGUCGAAGCCGUGUCCGGCUCGCUCUCGCCGAGGCAAAAAUUUUUCAUUCGUCGGCACGCCGAGGCCGUGAUCUACGGAUGCGGCCGUGACGCGCACUGA